CUAAGGGUCUGCCGCUUAGUCUCAAUUCGUGCAAAAACUGGAAGGGAAGAGGAGAACAGCAUCACGUCGAGAAGCCAAGGCGGACGCAACUAUGGCGAUCACGAAGAAGAAGAUUUGCUUGGCAUUCGUAUCCAUCACAUGCCUUUUAGCCACCAUGUCUAUCAUAAAGGCUAAUGCAACCAAGGAUUUGAAGGAAGUCACACACAAGGUUUUCUUUGACGUGGAGAUUGAUGGAAAGCCUGCUGGUCGCAUUGUGAUGGGUCUCUUCGGUAAAACUGUACCAAAAACUGCUGAGAAUUUUCGAGCACUUUGCACAGGUGAAAAAGGCAUAGGCAAAAGUGGGAAACCACUUCACUUCAAGGGAAGCUCAUUCCACAGAAUUAUUCCUAGUUUUAUGAUCCAGGGAGGCGACUUCACUCUAGGAGAUGGCAGAGGGGGGGAAUCCAUUUACGGAGAGAAAUUUGAGGAUGAGAACUUCAAAAUCAAGCACACAGGACCAGGACUGUUAUCCAUGGCAAAUGCUGGCCGUGGUACCAAUGGAUCCCAAUUCUUCAUCACAACAGUUACAACGAGCUGGUUGGAUGGGAGGCAUGUUGUGUUUGGUAAGGUGCUAUCUGGUAUGGAUGUGGUGUACAAAAUUGAAGCAGAAGGGCGACAAAACGGAACACCUAAAAGCAAGGUCGUAAUUGCUGAUAGUGGAGAUUUGCCACUGUGAGUUGAUAACGCCCUUCAUUAGCUUAUGCAUUAUCUUUUGUGUGCUAGAACAAUGGAUAUGAAUAUCUAUGGACCAGUUAAAUGUUUUAUUUUAUUUUAUUUUUGAAUUUUUAUAUUUUAUAGUUGAGGUGGUGGCCUUGAAUACAUUUUAAGUUUAUAGUUGAGAAUAUUUGGGUACA